AUGCACUAAUUGGGGAAAUCUGGGAAAUCAAAAAGUUUUAAGGAUUAUUCAAUUUUAAAAAAAGUUCAAUCUGUAUCGAAACAUGAUGAUGUAGAGAUUGAUAACAUUUUUAUACUUAAAUAAAAAAGUUUUGAUUUAACAACUAGAAGAAAUAGUUCAAUUUUAACAUAAGAAUUGAUUAAUGAAUCAAGCUAAAUCCAUAGAAUUACAAACAUUAAAAAGUAUUUUCAAAUUAAAUAUACAUCUAGUCCAAAUAAAUAUAUUGGUAUGGAUUUACUAUAAUAAAAAAUUUGGGAGAGAAUAUAAAAAUGUUCAUAAAAAUAUAUUGUAUUGAAUAUCUAUUAAUAUUUUAGGAUGAUUAAAGUAAUUUAUAAAUUAUUGUAUUGAAACCAGAUUAAGAAUAUGAAUUUGUUUUCAACAUAUCUAAAUUAUCUUGUUUUUCAAAAAUAAAAUAAUUAACCAAUAAUUUAUAAAGUCAUUUUUAUUCACUUACGAAAAUAUGUAAUUUUAUCAUAAUGAAUUUUAAGAAUUAUAAGACCCUUAUUUAUCAAUGUUAAUAGGAAAAAUAAAAACACAAAAAUUAGAUAAUGAAAUGAGAUUAUUUGAAUUGUUAAAUAUAAUUAUGAAUGGUAAAUAACUAUUGGUCCUUUAAAGCAAUAUUUAUAGUGAUACUUGA